AGAAACGAUAGCAGCAGGAGAAGGCGGCGAAGAAGAAUAAUGACGAGAAUGCUAAACGGAAAAUAGAAGAGAGGGAGUACUGUUUAGUGAACGUUAAAUUAACGCUGUACCUCGAAAUAUUAUCAUUGAACAUAGCUGCAUUAUAUUGACUAAACUAUGACAGAGCCUCAGUCAGCGCUGUUACUCAGGAGACAGCUUGCAGAGCUGAACAAAAACCCAGUGGAAGGAUUCUCAGCAGGCCUCAUCGAGGAUAAUGAUCUCUACAGAUGGGAAGUCCUGAUCAUUGGCCCUCCAGACACCCUGUAUGAAGGUGGUGUGUUUAAAGCUCAUCUGACAUUUCCCAAAGACUACCCUCUCAGGCCACCUAAAAUGAAAUUUAUCACAGAUAUUUGGCACCCUAAUGUUGACAAGAAUGGAGAUGUAUGUAUUUCUAUUUUACACGAACCUGGAGAGGACAAAUAUGGCUAUGAGAAACCAGAGGAGCGCUGGCUGCCUAUCCACACUGUGGAAACCAUCAUGAUUAGUGUUAUCUCUAUGCUGGCAGACCCAAAUGGUGACUCACCAGCCAAUGUGGAUGCUGCAAAAGAGUGGAGGGAGGACAGACAUGGUGCAUUCAAAAGGAAAGUUGCCCGUUGUGUACGAAAAAGCCAAGAGACUGCGUUUGAGUGAUAUUCAGCAUGGAUCUAGCUUCAUGUUUUCAGGGUCUCCAAUUGAAAAUCAACAUGGCACUGUUUCCUGCACUCUUCCACCCUGUCGCCAGGCUUGUCCUCCUUUAUUUUGGCUGGAACAGACUGGUUACUGUAGGCUGCAAUAGAAACAUAACAGUGACUACCAAGGCUGACAGAAAAUCGCCAAGCAAGUGCCAACUGAAAACAACACAACAAAAAAACCCGAAAAGAAACCCAGAAGACAAUAAAACAUUUUUCAAGGCUAUGAACUGCUUCAACAUUCAGGAAGAUAUUGUAAAGACAUGUAUAUAGCACAGACUAAACUGGAUAAUAUAUACGCUCCCUUUCCAUCCAUCAAGACAUUUAGACCAAAUGAAUAGUGCUGGUUCAGAUAGAUUUAUUUUUGCCCAUUUUCCUCCUCUCAGAUCCAGCAUGGAUUAGUUCGGUUUAGAUUGUUCUCACAGGAGGUCUUAACGAGAAUCACAGUCCUUUUGGAGGAAUCUCACCUGUGAAGAGCUUGUUCCGUUCAAGCAAGACACGAAUAAUGUGACUAAGGAAUAUCGCCAUAUUAGAAUACACAGCUGUUCUCAUGGGUCCUUUAAUACUCAGGACUCAGCAUCACAUGCACCUGAAUGAUUUUGUUUAUACAUUCUAAGUCUUACACGCCUGCCCCUUCAUAUUUUUUGUGCAUGCUAAAUUUUGUUGGUCUUUUUUUUUUCUUUUUUUUCAAAAGUGCCUCCUAAUAAAAUGCUUGGCCACUUCACCCUGCAUUCAACAAGUGUUAAAAAUGUUGAAAAAACAUAAAACAAUUGUGUACCACCUGUAGUAUUACUCUAUGUAAUAGCCAGUAUACAGGGAAUCUGUAUAAUUAGGAUAUUGGUAACAAUUUGGUGUAGCAAUAACCCCUCCUAUUUGAAAUGUACAAGUUAAUCUUUGAUAUCCUGAUAAAAUUUGAGGCCCUCCUCUCCGAUAUUUUACUUUUAGCAGCACCUCCUUCCCUCGUCUGUAUUGUCCUCGGUAGGAGUUGUUAUGCAUGCUUUAUCUUAAAUUUUUUUUUUGUUUUCUGUUGAAUGUUUCUGGGAUUUUGUUUGCGAAAGUCUGAGUGCUUGUGUAUACAGUAUGUGUGCCAGUUUUGUUUUGUCGCCCUUUCCCCUCAUCCACAAUUUCAUGAUUACUCUGCUCACUGAACUAUUACAGUUUUGCCUAAUGUAUAAAGAUAAAUUACUGAUGUAUAUUUUUCAUGUUAUGAAACUUGUCACCUGUAGUGAGUUCUUCUAAAACAUGACUUUUUUUUUCAAUA